GGGCUGGGGAGGCCGCCGCCUCCCUGGGCCUGCCCGGGCGGCCGCCUCCGUUAUGCCGCUGCUCGUCGAGGGGCGGCGAGUGCGGCUGCCGCAGUCUGCGGGGGACCUGGUGCGCGCCCACCCGCCUCUGGAGGAAAGAGCCAGACUUCUCAGAGGUCAGUCUGUUCAGCAAGUGGGACCCCAGGGCCUUCUGUAUGUUCAGCAAAGAGAGCUGGCAGCCGCCUCCCCGCAGGAUGGCUCCAUCUCCAUUCUGGGUUCUGAUGACGCCACCACUUGUCACAUUGUGGUCCUGAGGCACACAGGCAGCGGGGCCACAUGCCUGACCCACUGUGACGGAAGCGACACCAAAGCGGAGGUCCCCCUCAUCAUGAGCUCCAUCAGAUCCUUCUCGGACCACGCUCCGUGUGGAAGGCUCGAAGUGCACCUUGUGGGAGGCUUCAGUGAUGACCGGCAGCUGUCACAAAAGCUCACUCAUCAACUUCUUAGUGAGUUUGACAGACAAGAAGAAGACAUUCACCUAGUGACACUGUGUGUGACAGAAUUAAAUGACCGGGAAGAGAAUGAAAAGCAUUUUCCAAUCAUCUAUGGCAUCGCCGUCAACAUCAAAACCGCUGAGAUUUACAGAGCCUCCUUCCCAGACCGCGGUCCGGAGGAGCAGCUGCGGGCGGCCCGAGCUCUGACCGGAGGCCCGAUGGUUAGUAUUUACGACCCGAGGACCGAACAGCUUCGUAUAGGACCCUACUCCUGGAUGCCGUUUCCACACGUGGACUUCUGGCUGCGCCAGGACGAUCAGCAAAUACUGGAGAACCUUUCCACCUCACCGCUGGCUGAGCCGCCCCACUUUGUUGAACAUAUUAGAUCUACCUUAAUGUUCUUAAAAAAACACCCAUCUCCAACCAACGCACUGUUUCCUGGAAACAAGGCUCUACUCUACAAAAAAAACGAAGACGGCUUAUGGGAAAAGACCUCUUCUCCGGGAAGCUAGCCACGGGCCUCAGCAAAGACGGCCCCGCGCGGGCCUGACAGCCCACCGUGGGGACCGCGGGGCCCGGAGAGACUGUGGGUCCGAAUCUGCGUCCGCAGAGUCACCAGCCUCCCUCCUUCUGUCCUCCAGGGGACUGUAAAAAUAAAGUCUUAUUUUGGCGAAGGCAGGUGUGGAGGUGUGCUUUCUGCGUUGCUGGAGCGGACGCCCGUGGGCCCAGGAGGAGCCGCUGCGGCGGCGGCACCUGAAUCAGGGAGUCACGGAGACCUCCUACAGAAGCUGGUUUGAGGGACGGUGUUGCAGAUGCAGAAUUCCGUGAAAACCUCCAUCUCACAGAGGCGUUUCUUAGCCCCAAAAUAUUUUAAGUAGCACAAAUUCCAACAGAUACUCCAAUCCGAGAUGGAGAUGAACGGCUCAGAAGGAAAACCAGAAUGUCAUCAGACUCCUGUGCAACAGGGGUAACGUAGUCCGAGACUGAACUCACUGUGAGGAACAGGAAGCCGUGGCGAGGUCUGCCCUCGGGCGCUCCUGUGGCUCAAGGUGCCAGCCUCGGGGGCUCACUGCCUAAUGACCACGGACCAACUGAACUCACGGGUAACAAUUUCAAGAACCUUUAUUGAAACCAACAUUCAAAUAGUAUCUUAAGGGUGAGAUUGUUUCAGCAAAACCAAUUUAACAAUUCCAAAUAUAUAUAAAAACAUUUAAAAAUUAA